UUCAGCUUUAACCAUCAACUUUUAUACCGGCUCAUCAAUCCCCUUCGCUUUACAUAACAUAAAACUGCUUAUCUCAUGACACUCUUUCAUUUCCAUUGGUCUUUAACCCAACCAUCACUUCCUUUGUCAACUGACGUUCCUCGCCAUCAUGAUGAAACGAAGGACUCACAACAAGUCUCGGCACGGCUGUCGAAACUGCAAAAAGCGCCAUGUUAAGUGUGACGAAGGAGGACCUCCCUGCACCAACUGUCUAGCCCGCAAUCUCGAAGGCUGCUCAUAUCUCACCGAGCCACCAACCCAGCUCCCAGCAACAGAGACCAGACGCAAAAUAGAGCUUGAACUGAUGCACCGCUGGACAUCAUCAAGCUACAAGAGUCUGGCUAGUAUUCCAGAAGAUAACCAAUGGCUACAAGAAGACAUGGCUCGCUGGGCUCUUAAGCAUGAGUAUCUCCUACAGGGCAUGUUUGCCUUCUCAGCUCUCGAAGUCGCGCUCUGCGGGGGUGCUGUAGUUGUUGAAGAAGACUAUGACACAUAUUAUGCCAAGUUGGCGGUGGAGUACUACGAUAAAGCAAGUCGUUCGUUCAGAGCACAGCUUGAGAACGUCAACUCUGAGAAUGCCCAGAAGAUCUUCAUGUUCUCAUUCCUUGCUGUGGCUGUUAACAUGGCUCUCGGCCAAUGCAGUGCUUUCGAAGAGCUUCACGAGGGUGUUUUAGAACGCAUGGUGACAUUGUGGGAGCUUCUCAUGGGAAAUGCCUCUAUCGCCAAUCAGCACUUCGACGCUUUGAUAUCAGGAGCUCUAUCGCGAUCUACAGAGGCUUUAAUGUUAAGAACACAACUUCAGACUGAGACACCCACAUCGUUGAGCAAGGAAACCGAGGAAGCUCUGGAGAGUCUAAGCACUAUCAUCAACAAAGCCUGCGAAACACCCUCCGGUUCAACUCCAAACGACCAGUCCGAAGCCAGUGUACGGAUCAGCUCAUACCGCACAAGCUUCUCCGCCAUACAAACGUGUUUCGUACAAGACUCCAAAGACAUCUUCAAGGGCAUGGCGAUAGGAUUUCCUGCACUCGCAGGACGAGACUUUGGGUUGGCGCUCAAGAGCUCAGAUCCAAUGGCUUUACUUUUGAUGGUAUUCUGGGGAGUGCAGCUUGACACGUUAGGCAAGAUCGCUUGGUGGGUUGGCACCUUUGGCAAGAAGAUGGUGGACGAAGUCUCAGAGAUGCUGUGGGAACCUGAUCCCGAGUUUGAUAUUAUGGAUAUGUCUGAGUGGAGAGAGUGUAUUACUUGGGCUAGGGCAGAAGUUGGUUUGGCGCCCAUUGUCGGGGCUACAAAAGAGCCAUGAUGUAUGGCUGCGUUUUGUACAAAAUGUGUAGAACUAUUCGGCAUGACGGACUCACCACUUAUUCGGCUUGUUUGUAGGCCAUGCAGAUACCCAACUCAGUUUAAUAUAAUUUUAUAUGAUUGAGCGGCGUUCAGAUCUAAAGCAGUAUUACAGCAUAACCAAUUGGUCUC